GCCCGCGUUUCUUGUGGCUGGCCAAAACACUAUAUGUUUAUAUCAUGUCAGUGUAUUUGAACAGCAUAUUAUUGUGUUGAAGCUCCUAUUUAAGUAAGAAUAUAACGCACUAUAUGAAUCUUUGUUUGUUGAAGGGCUCCAGCAUGAUGUUUGUGAAGCUCUAGAUAACUGUUAAUGUUACAGAGAGAGCCUCUGGUUAGUGGUUACUGUUACCAACUAGCAGCCGGUGUUAGCUACUUCUAGGUUAUGGUCAAGCCUGUGCGACGUUUACAGCUUCGGUCUGUGGGUAAAAAUCACUACAUUUAGGUAAUUUCAGGUUCAAAGAAAUGCCUCCUAACAAACGGAUCCAUAAGAAAACACUGAAAUUGGUCUGCGAAUGGAGCUCGUGCCAGGAGUCGUUUAGUCGGAUGGAUAAUCUCUGCAAUCAUGCGGAGGGUCACUUUAGUGCUAUAAAUAUGGCGGAGGAGGAAGAAGAAGAAACCGAAGGGGAGAGAAACUGUCUUUGGAGAGACUGUGGUUUCUGCUCCGUGGAGGGUCCUGAAGAGUUGCGCCGACAUCUGUUCUUCCACUGUUACCACACUAAGCUGAAGCAGUUGGGUCAGCAGGUGCUUAAUGCCCAGCCAGAAAUUGGUACCUGCUCCAUCGGCUACCAGAACUGCAACGUCAUCCCUGAUAUCCCAGACAACUUUAUCUGCCUUUGGGAGGACUGUGAUCAACCACCGUAUGAAAACCCAGAGUUUUUCUAUCGCCAUGUGGAGAUGCAUAGCCUUUGCAUUGAUGUACCAGCAGGAGACUAUGAAUUCCCAAUACGCUGCGGAUGGAAAGAUUGUGAAGCCACCGCUAAAGGACGUCCUAAGCUUCGGGAGCAUCUGCGCAGCCACACCCAAGAGAAGGUGGUGGCAUGUCCAGGCUGUGGGGGGAUGUACGCUAACAACACCAAGUUCUUUGACCACAUCAUACGACAGAGCGCCAUGGAAGGUCAGAGGUUCCAGUGUUCACACUGUUCCAAACGUUUUGCAACAGAGAGACUUCUGAGAGACCACAUGAGAACCCACGUGAGCCACUACAAAUGCCCGCUGUGUGACAUGACUUGUCCGUCACCCUCUUCACUUCGCAACCACAUCAAGUUCCGCCACAGUAACGAGAAGCCAUACAGCUGUGAAUACUGCGAAUACAGCUGUAAGAAUCUGAUAGACUUGCGCAAACACCUGGAUACUCACAGCAGCGAGCCGGCAUUUCACUGUGAUGUUCCCGGCUGCAGCUUCACCUCUCGUACCCUCGGCACUAUGAACAUUCACCACAAAAGAGAGCACAAGGGUAAUUUUGUAGCUCGCUACAAGUGCCAUGUGUGCGAUCAGUGCUUCACCCGGGGCAACAACCUCACUGUCCAUCUGCACAAAAAGCACCAAUUCAAAUGGCCCUCCGGACACCCCAGGUUCAGGUACAAGGAGCACGAGGACGGCUUCUUGCGGCUGCAACUGAUUCGCUAUGAGAGUGUGGAACUGACGGAGCAGCUGAUGAGGGAAAGACAACGUAGUCAAGCGGAGGAGGAUGACGACAGUGGCCAGACUGAGGAAGGAUGCCCGGGGGCAGCUCCCUCAGAGUUACAGGUAGAACUGAGAGGGGUGCUUCUGGAGGAGCAGAGGACUGAGGAGCCCAGCGCUGAGGAGGGCAGUCAGGAAGAGGGCAUGUUGUACGUUCUCACUGGAGGUUUCUCUCAAGCGGGGGAGGAUCAGCAGCAUGGGAUGCAGGUGGUUUGACUGCUACAGUCCUGCAUACACGUCCUAUACAUGACGGGACAUUCUGUUAUCAGAUGUGCAGUUUCACAGAUCAUGGCACACGUUCUGAGCCUUUAAUGGGGGCUGGAGACACUUAAUAAUACUUUAAAAGGUCUAUAUGAAGGGAUGCAUACUCCAUUAUGACCUAUUUUGACUAUAAGCCUAUGUUAGGUAAACCUGUUUUUAUGUGUUUUUUUGUUUACUUAUAUUAAGCCUGUUUUCCAGUAUUUAUUAUUUUCAAGUUUUUCAUUGUAUCACUAAUAUAUUUAGUCAGUUGGAUACUAAUGCUGCACUGUCCCAGAAAUUCAGAACUACAUCAGCCUCAUCUUUUUGAAGAAUGGUGUGUUAGCAUUAAUAUUCAACGACAUGUGUGGAAUUCAGCUAAGAGGAGAUGCCUCGCUAGCUGAGUGUGUAUUUUUUUAUGCCUCAUCUACAACUUGAAUAAAGUUGUUACACAAAAUGUUUGCAAAAAUCA